GCGCUUCUGUCCUUCAGUUUAACAGUUUUCAACCUCUCCAUCUCAGUCACACGAAGUUUCUUCUUUAAACACCCGCCAGCACACGCCACGCGCUACUGUUCUCUCUCUUAAACCUCCAUUGACUUCCAUCUCUUCUUCUCUUUAUUCUCACUAAUACUACUUAAUUCCAACCAAUUACUCUCUCUUUUAUCUUCUUCCCUUUCUUAAUCAUAUUUUUGGAUCAUUAUUGAAUUUUGAAUUGAAUCUAAAAAACAAAAAAUGAACAACUUAUUCUCCGGCUCAUUCUCUCGCUUCCGAAGCGAAGAAACCUCACCGGAUCGCCACCACGUCAUCGAGAUGUCCGACACCGGAGCUAACUCAACCGGAGGAAGAGUCAACCUCGACAAAUUCUUCGACGACGUAGAGGGCGUAAAAGACGAUCUAAAAGAACUCGAAGGAAUUUCUAACCGACUCGAAAAAAGCCACGAAAAGAGCAAAACGAUUCACGACGCGAAAAGCGUGAAGGAACUUCGUUCUCGUAUGGACGACGACGUUUCGGUGGCUUUAAAAAAAGCGAAGAUGGUGAAACUUAAACUUGAGGCUUUGGAACGAUCUAAUGCUGCGAACCGAAAUUUACCUGGUUGUGGACCGGGUUCGUCGUCGGACCGAACCAGAAGCUCUGUGGUUAAUGGUUUGAAGAAGAAACUUAAGGAUUCUAUGGAUACUUUUAACCGUCUCCGUGAACUUAUUUCUUCUGAAUAUAGAGAGACUGUUCAACGACGUUACUUUACCGUUACUGGCGAGAAUCCUGACGAUAAGACGCUUGAUCUAUUAAUCUCCACUGGUGAGAGUGAGACCUUUCUUCAGAAAGCCAUUCAAGAACAAGGCAGGGGAAGAAUUCUGGACACCAUCAAUGAGAUUCAAGAGAGACAUGAUGCUGUGAAAGAUUUGGAGAAGAGUCUACUGGAGUUGCACCAAGUGUUCCUCGACAUGACAGUCAUGGUACAAUUUCAAGGUGAGCAAUUGGAUAACAUCGAGAACCAUGUAGCGAGGGCGAGUUCGUUUGUCCACAAUGGAGCUGAGCAGUUACAGACUGCAAGGAAGCACCAGAAAAACACAAGGAAAUGGACCUGUUAUUGUAUUAUACUUAUUCUGAUCAUCGUCUUGUUAGUGGUCCUCUUCACUGUGAAACCAUGGAAAAACAGCGAUAGUGGCGGCAGUGGAGGUAGUCAGCCUGCUCCAGCACAGACAACGCCAUCUCCUCCUCCUCCUGCUUAAUCUUAGGGAUUAAGAGUCUGUCUAUAAAUUGCUAUGAAUACUGGUUUCGCUAUGAUUUUGGGAUAUGGGAAGGGUGUGAUUAACAUGGAUUAUAGAAAUUAGAAUUUGGUUGGAAAGGAAAUCUGUUAGUUGACCAACAGUUUUAUUAUUUUAAUCCAUGGAAAGGUUGGAUGAUGAAUCUAGGUCUGUAAUGGAAAGGGAAUGGUUGAUUGGUCUGUUGAGGAGGAUUUUUGGAAGUCAUUAUUUUGAGUAUCAUAUUCUUUUCUCUGUAAGUAUCAUGUUGGUCUGAAUUUUGAUCAGUUGCUUUGCAUGCUGACUGAUAUUUUAUUUUUUAUUUAAUCUUUCCCUAUAGUACAAUCCCCUUAAUAAGUUAUCUUGUUUGCAAUUAUGAGGUAAACUUACAACUUUUUUUUAGUUGAAGUUUUUAAUAACUUCUAAACAUGGAACAAAAUACAUCCAUGGUUAGUUUCGUU